AUGAGCGCCGAGACUCCGGUCCAGAAGAACCUCGUGGAGGCCAACGGCGCGUACGCGAGCAACUUUCCCCAUGGAGAUCUUGCCCUUCCGCCAGCGAAGAAAUACCUUAUCCUGACCUGCAUGGACGCACGCAUCGACCCGGCAGCCGCGCUCGGCAUCUCCCUCGGCGACGCGCACGUGGUACGCAACGCCGGCGCCAGCGCCCGCGAGGCCCUCCGCAGCAUCGUCAUCUCCCAGCAGCUCCUGGGCACGCGCGAAGUGUUUGUGAUCAAGCACACGGACUGCGGCAUGCUGACGUUUACGGGCGACGUGGCGCGGGGCAUCGUCGGGACGAACCUGGGCGCCGAGGCCGCGGCCGAGGUGGCGGGGCUCGACUUUGAGUUCCCGCACCUCGAGGACGAGGUGAAGAAGGAUGUGGAGUGGCUUCGGGGCAGGAAGGCGGACGACGACCUGACUUCGCGCUCGCGCACGUCGAUCCUCCACCUCAUCGGCACCGUCCACGCUGACCAAGCCCUGCGAGAUGCGUCGCUCGAGGCCGACAAGCUCCUGAGCGCCGCGGGGACCGAGAGCAUCGCCCGGCGCGACAUCGCGGCCCUCGUCCGCGCCGUGUACGAGCGGUACGAGCGCGGCGAGGAGGACCUCGACCCGGAGGACGCCCACCUCCUCGAGCAGACGUACGGCGCCUACCGCCGCAACGGGUCCGCCCUGGAAGAAGGCCCCGAACGAGACCGGUUCCUCGCGCUCAAGAGGGAGCUCCAGGACGUGCUGAACGCGGCGAGAAAGACGCUCAACGAGGCCGACGACGGCGUGUGGUUCACGCGCGCGGAGCUCGAGGGCGUGCCCGACAGGAACAUUGCCAAGUACAAGCGCGGCGACGAGGACGGCGGCGGUUCCGAGACGUACCGCGUCACGUUCCGCGGCGGCGACUACCCGGCCCUCAUGCAGAAUGCCGUGCGCGCGGCGACGAGGAAACGGGCCUACCUCGCGCGGAACAACCGGUUUCCCGAAAACGUCGAGAGGCUGCGGCGCGUCGUCAAGCUGCGGGAUACCCUCGCCAAGAUCCUUUGCUACGAGAACCACGCGUCGUUGAAGAUGGAGUCUCGCAUGUCUGAGAGCGUGGACGAGGUCGUCCGCUUCCUCGAGGAUCUCCGCGUGAGGCUGACGCCCCUCGGCAAGGAGGAGAUUGCGGCCGUUCUGCGACUCAAGCGGGCUCAUCUUGAGGAGGGGGCCGCGGAUGCUGUGGACGAGGAGGAGCUCGGGACGCUUUACGAGUGGGACUGGGCGUUUUACGUGCGCAUGUACGAUCGCGAAAAGUUUGCCCUCGACAUGAGCAGGUUUCCCGAGUACUUUGAGGUGUGGCACACGCUCGCGGGGAUGCUCUCCAUUUUUGAGAGGUUGUUCAAGCUCUCCUUUCGUCGCGCCGAGUGCGAUGGCUGGCACGAGGACGUGAUUCUCUACACGGUGUGGGAUGGCGAUGAGCUCGGUGCCGGCUUCUUGGGCUAUCUCUAUCUAGACAUCUUUAAUCGCAAGGGGAAGCUCUCGCAGGCUCGCCACGUGUCUAUUGUGCCGGGCUUUAUUGACGAGGGCAGAGGAAAGCGGCAGUACAGGGCGAGCGCGCUCAUCCUCAGCCUCAGCAAGCCCACUGUAGAGACCCCCACCCUCCUGCUCCACGGAGAGGUCAAGACCAUGUUCCACGAGCUGGGCCACGCCAUCCACUACCUCGUCAGCAAGACAAAAUACGCCCUGGGCUUCUCGCGGGACUUUGUCGAGAUCCCCAGCAUCAUGCUCGAGAACUGGAUCUGGGACCCAAACGUGCUCGUCCAAGUCAGCAAGCACUACAGCCUCCUGGGCGAGGAUACCGCGCGGCACUGGAAGGCCGAGCAGGACAAGGCGGUCGCCGGGGGAGUCCCCGUCAACGGGACGCAGCACAUGCUCGGACUCGUCCACCAGGCGCUCUUUGACUUGACGAUUCACACGGGCAAGGGGUACGGCGAUGUGGCGGAUAUUGACCUCACGCGCUUGUAUAGCGAGAUGGGCCGGGACAUCACCAUGCUCGCCGGGCUACUUGAUGGGCGGACGGGCGAGCCCACGACGAUCAAGGAAGCUGGGUUCGGGCAUAUAUUCCGUGCCUACGACGCAGGCUACUUUGCCUACGCCAUGGCACGGACGAUUGCCAUGGACUUAUUCGUGACCUUUUUCGCAAAGGACCCCAUGGACGCCGAGGUCGGCGCCAGGUACCGCAGGGACUUUCUCCAGCGCGGGGCGGGCCGCCCAGAGGCCGAGAUUUUGCGCGGAUUCCUCGGGCGCAAACCUAGCACCGUGCCGUUUUUCGAGUUUCUGGCCGGCGCCCCGAAACCCCUGGAUGCGGAACCCCAGGCCCAGACCGAGCCGCGGAGUAGGUUGGCUUAG